AUGGCGUCUGAAAGAGGUCGGUUAGACAUUAAGAGUGAGGGACUUCGAUGGAAUGAGCUGAAAUCAGUAUUACAACUGUCUGAUGAAGCUUUAGCUACUUUACUCAUUGACAGCUAUCUUCAAACUGAUUCUCCAAGAAAUGGAACAAGUAAAAGGCGUAAAGGUUCCAUGAAAUCUCGAAAGAUGAAUAAAGCAACAAAAACUCAAAGUUUUGAUCUCAGUGAAUAUGGUGUACAGUUUCCGCAACAAGAAAGAGAGAAUGAUUUAGACCUGGAACCAGUAAGUGCUAUAGAUGAAGUUUUCAACCUGAACUAUGGUCACAGUAUUGAGAACGAUGCCACCAGAAUCAACCAGACCACUCUGCACCCAGCCUAUGUCACAGACCCAUGUGCUGCCUCAAGAGAAUCCGCAUAUAUUGUUCAUAACAGCUGUUUGAUACAGUUAGCCAAUCAGAACCCUCCAUCUCAUUGUAACAUUAAAAACUGUAGAGCUGACGUCAGUAUGGUGAAAAAACAGACUGGAACUACUGUCUACUUUAUAUGGGCAUGCUCCAAAGGUCAUACAAUAAGAGAAUGGUCAUCGCAGCCGUCAUUACAAGGUGAAGGUCAUCUGGGAGAUCUGAUAUUGGCGUGUGGUAUUGUGAUGUCUGGGUGUAAUUACAACCAAAUAGCGUUACUAUUUAAACUUCUCAAUAUAGAUUGUAUAAACUCUGAAUCGUUUGAAUAUUUCAACUGUAACUUCGUCCAGCCCAAAAUAUUAUCUUAUUGGAAUUCAGAACAACGUGAAAUAUUGUCAGCAUUAAAUGGAAGAGAUGUCAUUUUAGUGGGGUGUGGUUUGAGAGACCAAUCUGAAGAUUUGAUGAAAUUUCUGACAUUUUGUGUGUUAGAUUAUGAAUCCAAUGAUGUGUUAUAUAUUUCCAUACUUGAUAAAGACAGUGUAGAUGUCGCAAUGGAUUCUGAGAAAUUAGAGUUACAGGCCUUUAUUCAAGCUCUUCAAUCAGUUCAAGCGUCUGGUGCAAGAGUGAUUGAAGUAGUCACAAACAUUCAGCCAAAAAUUAACAACCUUUUAAGAAAGAAAUAUCCAGAAAUUAAGAGAAGCUUUGAUAUGUGGGAUGGAGCCAAAUUUAUUGGAAAAACCAUAGUUCAGGCAUCCAACCAUACUAAUUGUCAAAAUCUGUUGCCAUGGUUACCAGAAAUUAUCAACCAUUUCCUUGAAACGAGUAAAACUUGUGCCGAAAUUUCUGGAUCCUUAUGGGUUUCAACAGAUGAAGAGGCUUUCAAGGACAGUUUUGUGACUGGUAUAAUCCAUCACACAAUGAACAACCACAAAUGGAUGAGUGGCCAAUGUCUACAUGGUCCCCUGGAGGACGAAGAUGCGUUUCCAUGGUUACAGCCAGACAGUCCCGCACACAAUCAACUGAAACAUGUUUUAUUGGAUAAAAAGAUGUCUUCUAUCAUUGGCAACUUUUCAACUAAUAGGACAACUUGUGGUCUAGAGAAACUAGUGAAAUAUAUCUCCGUAUAUACUUCAAAUAACAAUUACUAUAGUUUUGAAGAAUACAAAUGUCGUGUAUAUCUAGCAGUGUUAGACUUUAUAAAUCAUCAUAACUUACCAAACCAUGUUGAUGAUCAAGGCCAAGAAACAUUGGAAAAGACCCAUUCCUCUUACAGUAGCCAGUUUGAGUAUCAGAAUAAACAGGAAAGCAAACAGUAUCUGUACUUACCAAGGGUUGUAGAAAAAAUAGUUGGAGCUGCUUUAAAUUCCUUGAUGGGUGGAAGAUGA